AUGGCUCAAUUUUCUUACACUCACUGUUGGGCUACUGGUUACUCCAAGAAAAGAUGCUAUGAGAUUAUUGGUUAUCCCGAAUGGUGGGAUUUCAAUAAACAACCGCACCGGAAGGUUCCUGCCACUGCCAAUGCUACUGCUGCUGCUACGGUUGCAAUACCUGCCUCACCCGCUACCAUGUUGCUCAUCAGGGACAUCUCAACUCGGAUGACAAUUGGUUAUGGUGUUAGACGUGAAAAGCUCUAUUUUCUAGAUUCAAAUCACGUUUGUGUCUCCUCUGUCGAGUCUUUCAAUACUACUGCUAAUAAAGCUUCCUCCUAUGUUUGGUUGUGGCAUCAUAGAUUAGGACAUCCAUCUUUAACAUAUUUAGAAAAGUUAUUUCCCCAAAUGUUUUCCCAUCUGAAUAAGGCUAAUUUUAAAUUUAACUCCAUGGCUAGUGCAUCUUCUGUUGAUGCAUCACCUUCGAUUCCACAAACUGCACCUUGUGGUUUGUUUAAACCCACUGGAGAUAACAUUGAUAUUGCAUGGAAAUGGAAUAGCUUGAAGGACCCCAAUAACAGGAGAUUCGUAACUUGUGAUUAUUGCCUGCAAACUACAAAGGGAGGAAUAACUAGAGCCAAAAGACAUCAGAUUGGUUUGAGAGGAGAUGUUCAGGCAUGUAGAAAAAUUCCAGCUGAUGUUAAAAAAAUACUGAAGGAUGCAUAUAUGCUGAAACAAGCUGAAAAAGAUGCUAAUAUGGUUGAUCUUGAUGUCAAUCAAGAUGAUGAUGUAGAAGAGCAGGUUAAAAUUCAUAAUAUCAAAACUGGAAAAAGAAAAAGAGCUGGAAGUGAUGUCUCUACCCCUGCUACAAAGGCUGUGAAAGGUCCUUUAGAUUUGCAUUUUUUUAAAAGGCCUAGCAUAAAGUUGGACAAAAAGCAAACAAGCAUAAAUAAUGCUUGUGACAAAGAGGCAAGGGCAAGAACCAUUCAGUACAUAGAAAGAUUUUUGUGUACAAAUGGAUUACCAUUUAAUGUUGUACGCUCAAGAAGCUUUAAGCUAAUGAUUGAAGCUGUUGGAAACUAUGGUCCACACUUGAAGCCACCAAGCUACCAUGAGUGCAGAGUUCCUCUUCUUAAAAAAGAGAUGGAGUAUACAAAAGAGUUAUUAAAGGAUCAUGAGGUACAACGAGCCACUUAUGGAUGUUCGAUUAUGUCGGAUGGGUGGACGGAUAGAAAGAAUAGGACCUUGAUUAAUUUCUUGGUCAAUUGUCCAUCAGGGACCAUGUUCAUGAAGAGUGUUGAUGCUUCAUCUUAUGUUAAGACUGGGGAAAAAAUAUUUGAGCUUUUGAACACGUUUGUUGAAGAGAUUGGAGAAAAGAAUGUUAUUCAAGUUGUGACAGAUAACAGAAGAAAGUAUUUGCAAGCCAAGCGGCCAAAUUUGUUUUGGACCCCAUGCACAACACAUUGUUUGGAUUUAAUGUUGGAAGACAUUGGAAAGAUUGAGAGGGUUAAGAGAGCCAUUGGAAAAGGCAUAAAACUUGUAGGUUUCAUAUACAACCAUUCAUUGGCUUUGAACACAAUGAGAAGGUUUACAAAUAAGACCGAAUUGGUUAGGCAUGGAGUCACAAGGUUUGCUACGACAUUCCUUACAUUGCAAAGGUUGCACAAACAAAGAAAAAACCUUAGGAACAUGUUCAUUUCUGAGGAUUGGGAGAAUUCCAAGGAAUCCAAAGACCCCAAGGGGAAAGUGGCAAGAAGGACUGUACUUAUGCCUGCCUUUUGGAAUGAUGUUUUUUUCUCACUUAAGGUUAUCGGGCCUCUUGUGCGUGUGCUUAGACUUGUUGACAAUGAGAAAAAACCUGCAAUGGGCUAUAUUUAUGAGGCAAUGGAUAGGGCCAAGGAGGCAAUUCAAAAAUCAUUCGGUGGAGAUGAACAAAAGUACAAAGACAUAUUUGCUAUUAUUGAUAGAAGAUGGGAAUGCCAACUUCAUCAUCCUUUGCAUGCAGCGGGCCAUUAUCUAAAUCCUGAAUUCUUUUAUGGCAAUGAUUCAAUUGGAAAUGAUAGAGAAGUGAUGGUUGGCCUUUUCAAAUGCAUUGAAAGGCUAAGUGCAAAUGAGGCAGAAAAUGAUACAAUUACAAUGCAAUUAGAAUCAUAUAGGACUGCUGAAGGCCUCUUUGGUAUCAAGUCAGCAAUAAGGCAAAGGACUUUAUUAGCUCCAGCUCAAUGGUGGAAGUUGUAUGGCUCUCAAACUCCAAAUUUGAGAGACUUUGCCAUUAAGGUGUUGAGUUUGACUUGUAGCUCAUCCGGGUGUGAGCGCAAUUGGAGUACUUUUGAACACAUUCAUUCCAAAAAGAGAAGUAGGCUUGAGCAUCAAAAGUUGCAAGAUUUGGUUUUUAUUAAGUACAAUCAAGCUCUUAAACAUCGCUAUGACAGUCAUGAUGUGAUUGAUCCCAUCAUCCUAAAAGACAUUGAUGAUAACAAUGAGUGGUUGGUGGGAGAAGUGGGUGAAGAUAAUGCUGAAGAUGAGAAUAUUUUUUAUGAUGAUACUUUGACUUUGGGAGUUGUUGCUGAUGCAAGUGGGAUUGGAGAGCCUCUGACAUACACAAGGCUGUAG